AUGGACGUCCACGCGACCUUCUACGCAGCGGCAUGGGCACUCGCCCUCUACUGGGUUGCUUGGAUCUUUUAUGCAAGAUGGCUGCACCCCCUGUCCAAGUUCCCUGGCCCUCCCCUGGCGGCAGUGUCUAGGCUGUGGAUUGUCCUGCAUGUGGCGCGAGGCAGGGCUGGGACAGAGCAAAAGCAACUGCAUGAGAAAUAUGCAGGCCCUAUCAUCCGGAUCGCGCCCAACGAGCUCGCCAUCAGUGAUCCCCGUGCGAUCAAGACGAUCUACGGCAUCAACACUGGGUUCACCAAGACGGACUUUUAUCUUACUUUCCGAGCACCGGGAGUGCGAUACCCAGAUCACUUCACCGCGACUGAUCCAAAGUCCCAUGCGGUUCGGCGGAGGAUCGUCAACAGCGUCUACUCCAUGACUAGCAUCCUGCAGGCCGAGGAAUAUGUCGACAAGGUCACGGAUCUUUUCCUCCUACAGCUCGGGGGGGUGGCAGAUAACAAAGCCACCAUCAACUUCCUUCACUGGGCUCGAAUGUAUGCAUACGACGUGAUCGGCGAGUUUUACUUCGGUCGCAUGUUCGGGUUUCUACAGGAGAUGAGGGAUCACCUCGGCUACAUGGAGUCCACGGACACAAUGAUCCCCGUCAUGGCCGUGGCGGGUGUCCUGCCCAGCUACCUCCGGUCGGCCUUCAUGUUGAGCGGACUUCUGUUCUCCAGCAUUCGCCAGGCCAUGGUCGCUACGAUGACCCUGGUCAAGGCGGCUGACGAGGCAGUCGAGGAUCGCCUGCAGGCUGAGAAGCGAGGCGAGGAACAAAAGCCCGACGUGCUGACCAAGAUCUUCAACAUCUAUCGCCUUCAGGGGGCGAAAGUGGAUUUGAGGGUCGAGGACGUUAAAGUCGAGGCCUGGGUGGCUGGAAGCUUUGCGGGGAGUGAUACGACUGCCAUUACAUUGUCGGGUAUCCUCUUCCACAUUGUGAAGAAUAGAGAGGUGUAUGAUGCCCUGGUCGAGGAGAUCGACCAUGCAACUAUGAACGACCAGCUCAGCUCCCCCCAUUUGGCGUAUCAAGAAGCGAGCAAGCUUCCUUAUCUCGAUGCCUGCAUCAAGGAGGGCAUGCGUUUCCAUCCGAUCGUGGGCUUGACCUUUCCGCGACAUGCCCCCAAGGAGGGCUGCGAAGUUGCCGGCCACUGGAUCCCAGGCCACGCCCGUAUUGGGGUGAACCCUGCUAUUGUGCAUCUCGAUACCUCCAUCUUCGGGGAGGACGCCCACAGUUUCAACCCUGAUCGUUGGCUCGCUCCCGGCGCUAAUAAUAUGAGCCAGUAUAUCAUGCAGUUUGGCUUCGGUUCUCGGACCUGCAUGGGCAAGCAUAUGGCUAUGGUUGAGAUCUAUAAGGUCAUCCCAGAGCUGCUUAGAUCGUUCCAUCUCGAGCUGGAAUCUCCUGAAGACAAAUUGGACAACACGUCCUACUGGUUCUACAAACCAAAGAAGGUAAAUAUCAAGAUUCGACGCCGCUGA